AAAAUAUUUAAAAAUGUCGGAGGAAACAAUUAUGCCUAUGAAUAAUCAGGUAAUUAAAAUUGAGCCACCAGAAUAUUCGCCAGAAGACAUUAAACUCGAAAUGGAGGAUGAAUUUGAUAAUCCUGACGUUACUGUUAAAUCUGAAUCGUGUUCUGAAGAUGAUGACACGUGUUUAGAAAGAUUUAUGAAUUCCGAGGUGACAAUUGAAGAAGAAGUCAAACAGGAGUUAAUCGAGACAACAACUUAUGAAUUUGACCUUUGCAAUAGAUCAUUUGCAGAAUCGGAUUAUUUAAAAGAGCAUAGCAAAGAAAGAUCUUUCAAAUGCGAAAUCUGUUACAAGGAUUUUGAUCGAUUAAAUGAACUAAAAAAGCACAUACUCAUACACAGUGGUGAGCGCCCUCACAAAUGCAGUACAUGCAAUAAGAGAUUCACACAAUUAUCUAAUCUGAAAAGUCACAUGCUCAUUCACAGUGGUGAGCGACCCCAUCGAUGCAGUAUAUGCAAUAAGACAUUCGCAACAAUAAAUUAUCUAAAAAAACACAUGGUAAUUCAUAAGGGAAUACGCCCCUAUGAAUGCAAUGUAUGCAAUAAGACAUGUCAUUUGAAAAGUCACAUGCCAAUGCAUAGUGGAGUACGUCCCCAUGAAUGCAAUAUAUGCAAUAAGAAAUUUACACAAUUAGGUCAUUUGAAAAAUCACAUGCCGAUACACAGUGGAGUACGUCCUCAUGAAUGCAAUAUAUGCGAAAAGACAUUUAUGAGAACAAGUGAUCUAACAAAACACAUGCUGAUACACAGUGGAUUACGUCCCCAUGCAUGUAGUUUAAAAAAUCACAUGCUGAGACACAGUGGAGUACGUCCUCAUGAAUGCAAUCUAUGCAAAAAGACAUUCACAGAAAGAGGUCAUAUGAAAAAACACAUGCUGAUUCAUAAACGAGAGCAUUCCUAUAAAUGUAAUAAGGAAUUUACUCAAUCCAAGGAUUUGAAGAGACACAUGGCACUUCAUAGUCAGAAGCCUGGUGAAAAUCAAUGA